AGGACCGUCAUCCACCCCAAGGCCCGGAUCAUCGCCGAAGCCGGGCCCAUCGUCAUCGGGGAAGGGAACCUGAUCGAGGAGCAGGCCCUCAUCAUCAAUGGGUACCCAGAGAAUAUUACACCAGAAACCGAGGAGGUGGAACCCAAACCCAUGGUCAUCGGCACCAACAAUGUUUUUGAAGUGGGGUGUUAUUCCCAAGCGAUGAAGGUGGGAGAUAACAACGUCAUCGAAUCCAAAGCAUUUGUUGGCAGGAACGUGAUCCUGACAAGCGGCUGCAUCAUCGGGGCCUGCUGUAACGUCAACACCUACGAGGUGAUCCCCGAGAACACCGUCAUCUACGGGGCCGACUGCCUCCGCCGUGCACAGACUGACCUCCCCUGCCUCUGUUUCCAGCCCCAGACACUGCAGCUGGAUUUCCUGAUGAAGAUCUUGCCAAACUACCAUCACCUUAAAAAGACCACGAAGGCCACUUCCACUCCUGUCAAGAGCUGA